ACCUUCAUAACACAACAUUACAAACUGUCAAAACAUAUGUGAAGAAUUCAAAACAAAAAUAGGAAAUUUUAUAAAUGAAGUGUUUUGUCGAACCAGAAGAUACGGUUUCUGAUUCUUUGCAAAAUAUCCUUUUAACACAGAUUUUGACAUUAACAUCUUUAGUGAUUGGAAUAUGGAUAACAAUUUACCUACUGAGUUCGAUAUAAUUGUAGUGGGUACAGGAGUUGUUGAAUCUAUUGUCUCCGCAGCAGCUAGUAGAAAUGGAAAAAGAGUACUUCAUCUAGAUAACAAAAGUUACUAUGGAGGACAUUGGGCAUCAUUUAACCUUGAAGAUUUCCAAAAUAUUGGAACAGACGAUACACUUCCGACACAGACAAAUACAUAUCAGAGUUUCGGUAAGGCUGGAGAAUUAUUCCAAGCCUUUGGAAAUGAUCUGAGGAACAUAAGAAAUUUCCAAACCAACUGGCAUAUAGAAAAGAACUUGCCUAAUAUCUCUGAUGCUUCAAGUAGUGAAGCACCUCAGGAAAAGAAAGAAGAGAGAAAAGAAACAAAUGAUGAGACUGAAACGAAUCCUGAUGAUAAGAGUGCAGGAGAUUUGGGAGAAGUGUUAGGUGGAAUUUGUGAAGAAACUGAAAAAUUGCAAGUUACAGUUCAGGAACAAAAUAUUGUAACGCAAGCAUCUUUGAAAAAAGAUUAUAGGAAAUUCAUUAUAGAUCUUUGUCCGAAGCUACAUUUCGCUCGAGGAGAUUUCGUGGAACUACUCAUAUCAUCGAAUAUCGCUCGGUAUUCAGAAUUCAGAAGUGUUAGUAGAGUGCUCACUUGGAUUAAUGGAAAUAUAGAGGUAGUUCCAUGUUCCAGAUCGGAUGUUUUUGCUAACAAUAAGGUUUCCGUUGUUGAAAAAAGAAUGUUGAUGAAAUUGCUUACUUCAAUUGAGGAAGAUGAGAAAAAUUUAGUUUUGCCAGCCGAAACUACUUACAAGAGUUUGCUUAAGAGUAAAAAGUUGUCAGAUAAUAUAAUACAUUUUGUUUUGUAUGCAUUAUCGAUGAGCACUGAUGAAACUUCAUGGUUAGAUGGAAUAAGAGGCACAAAAAGGUUCCUUCAAAGUUUAGGCAGAUUUGGCAGGACGCCGUUUCUAUUUUCGAUGUAUGGAAGUGGAGAAAUAACACAGGCGUUUUGUAGGUUAAGUGCUGUGUUUGGAGGUAUAUUCGCACUGAAUCAGCCUCUUCACGGAUUCUUCACAAAUUCUGAGAACCUCUUCCAAUCUCUAAUAUGUGGGGAACAAAGAAUCAGUGCUCCAUAUUUGGUUAUGAACAUGGGUAUGGUUCCGUCUCAGUUCCUAGAAAAAACAGAAGUUAGAAUGAUAUCCAGAGCCGUAUUUAUAACUGAUAAGUCUCUGAUGGACAGCGAGAGGGAACAUCUGACCCUUUUGUUAUAUCCUUUGAAAAAUAAGAAAUUGUGUAGAGUUUUAGAAUUGGGCACACUGACCGGAACAUGUCCGAAAAAUUUAUUCUUAGUACAUUUAACUGCGGUAGGAAUAUCAAGUCCAGAAGAAGAUCUGCAAGAGUGCAGGGAUAGCCUUUUCACUUUCGAAAAUGAUUCUACAAACAAAUGUGGAAAUCCAAGAAUAUUAUGGUCGUGUUAUUUCUCAAUUCCCGAUACCAAUGAUCAGAAGUUCGAGAGUUCAUUGCCUAAAAAUAUAUUCGUAUGUCCAGGACCUGAUACUGAUCUUGAUUACGAUUCUUCAGUGAAAAAGGCAAGAGAAAUAUUUUCUUCCAUAUACCCAGGGGAAGUAUUUCUUCCAAGAGCUCCUGAUGCCGAAGAAAUAGUAAUUGAGGAAGAACCGGAGGCUGCUUCUGAAGCUGAAGUUUCCGGUAAUGAUUCGAAGGAGGAAGAAGGAGAGGUGGAACAGACUAAGGAAGAAACUGAAUAUACUGAAUUUGCUGUAGAAGCAAAACCUUCAACCUCAGAAGUGGAUGCUAUCAAGGAUGAGAAAAACAAUGAAGGAAUUGAGGAAUGUUCUGAAGUUCAGGAAAUUACACAAUAGGAAUAAAAAAUAUACUGGUAUAUUGUGAUAAAAUUAUUCAUUUUAUGUGACAAAUAGUUGAUGUUUUUAAAGUUUUCGUUCAUAUUUAUACCAAUACAGGAUUCUUUGUUUGCUUAUUAUGUUCGGUUCUUAAUUUAUCUGAUUAUAUUGUAUAUACUCAUACUUUAAUUGUCAAAAAAGCGAAUUGGAUAUAAAUUGAAUUAAAAUUUGCAGAUUGUGAA